CCAGAACCUGGACACUUUAGCAAGGCUAAAAAAAGACUUUUGCUGUAGAUGAAGUGCAAAGCCGGACAGUGCUCCCGGUCGUCACGCCCGGGCCACAGGCUGGCACUCCCCAAUUCCAGACCCUUGUUAAUGUCGCCAAAUGAACCGGGGCAAGGGGGAAAAUGGGGUGGCACUGUCCCGUCCCGCUAGGACCUGGGUUGGUACAACGUUGGUUGGCUCACCCACGCCCACAAACCCCCAACCAAGCUCUCCGGCUGGCAGAUGGGUUUCUUGCAUAGACCUACAUAUGCAUACUGUACGCGUUUUCAGAGCUCAAAUGUGAAUCGAUCCACCUGAACCGGGGAGCAGAUUGUCACAUCCCCCUUUUUUUCGCACCCCUUUGAUUGUUGACCCUUUUUGUUUCCUACCU